AACUCGGAGGAGAACGUGGUGGUAACAAACAACCACGUUGCCAAAGUGGCGCCAGGGGCCCGAGCACAGGAAGAGGAGGACAAGGAAGCGGCGGUGGCCGCGGCAGGUCCGGCCGGGGAGGCGGGGCACUUCUACCGGGAUAAAUCCAAUUUGACUGGCGAAGCGUCCCUGCGCCCCAAUGGGCAGAUGAAGUCGCUGGUGCCUCAGCGCCUGGCGCUGGAGUACAUCGUGCCCUGCAUGAACAAGCAUGGCAUCUGCGUGGUGGAUGAGUUCCUGGGUAAGGAGCUGGGCGGGCAGAUCGAGCAGGAGGUGCGCGCUUUGCACCACACUGGACGCUUCACCGAUGGGCAGCUGGUCAGCCAGAAGAGCGAUUCCUCCAGGGACAUACGUGGCGAUAAAAUCACCUGGGUGGAAGGCAAAGAGCCUGGCUGCAAAUCUAUCGGAAAGCUUAUGAACAGUAUGGACGAUCUUAUACGCCACUGCAAUGGCAAACUGGGUAACUACAAAAUCAACGGCAGGACGAAAGCAAUGGUAGCUUGUUAUCCAGGCAAUGGAACAGGAUAUGUGCGCCAUGUGGAUAAUCCAAAUGGAGAUGGAAGAUGUGUCACAUGUAUAUAUUACCUUAAUAAAGACUGGGAUGCCAAGGUAAGUGGAGGUAUUCUUCGAAUAUUUCCAGAAGGCAAAGCCCAGUUUGCUGAUAUUGAACCUAAAUUUGAUAGACUGCUGUUCUUCUGGUCUGAUCGCCGCAACCCUCAUGAAGUGCAGCCUGCAUUUGCUACAAGGUACGCAAUAACAGUGUGGUAUUUUGAUGCAGAUGAAAGAGCCCGUGCAAAAGUAAAAUACUUAACAGGUGAAAAAGGUGUGAGGGUUGAACUAAAUAAACCUUCUGAUUCAAAUGGGAAAGAACAUUUGUAAAGCCUUUGAUCUACAGUUCCAUCCGCUACAUCCUGGCUCUUUUCACCUCACCUUCAUCAAACCUUGGCGAUAUCUAUAACUUUUGAAUGUGAAUAAUAAGAAAAAGCAAAUCUACACCAAAUCAAGAUUUUGAAUCAGUAAACAAUGGGUUUCCAUGUUGCAUCAAAUGGCUUUUUAACUGCUGAAGCAUUGUACUCCAUGAUUGUGACUCCAGUCCUGUGACUUCUAAUGUAAAGAUAAGCAUUGACAAGAAACAGUUUACACAUGAAGUGCCCGACAUUAGAGGUUUUCUAUCAUUCAUGUUUUGACAUUGUCAUCCAGCUCAGUGCUGCUUAUCUUCCUCUUAAAGAAAAAAGUGAUGUUGAGUUUAAAUAAUUUUGUAUAACUAGGUUCAGGUGAUCAAAAUUGAACAAAACAAACAUUCUCCAAAGUAGCAUUUAUCUAUUUUUGUAAAUCUGCUAUUCACCCUAUUAUUCUACCACAUAAAAAUUAAUUUAAAUAAAAAAUUGCCAGUAAAUGAUUGUCUUUUCACCUAAAGUCCAAAAAGGAGCACUUUAAUCAUCAUCUAAGAACCCAUUUUUUCAUAUCUUAUACUGAUUUGAUUGAUUGUAUUGUGUUCUCUCUGAAACUUAAACAACAUGAGAUAGAUGCCUGUCUUUCUGUCAGUUACUCAAGUCUAUGGCUUUACUUACUGAAUCUGGAAAGGAACCAUUUUUUAAUCUGUCUCAUUUGGGUUUUCUAAGUCACUGGCUGGCCACUAAGUGAACUUGACACUAUCUGUACUGUCAUAGUGUUGAACACUAUGGGUAUACCCCACUGGGAACUUCAUCUGUGAACCCAUUUGAUGAAAACACAGUUCUUCAACAAAAAGCUGUGCUCUUGUGCAACUUCUGCAGAUGAAUUACUAGGUGGAUUCUGUCCACUAAUACCAUUCAAUCCCUAAACUGUAAGGGCUUUUCUAGGCUUUUAGAUGUACCAACACCCUUUCUACUACCUUGAUGGGAGAUCUGUCUUAACUCAUUUCAAAGCUUUCUCUCAUUACAUGUAAGUUAAUGCAAAUUAAAAUCAGAGAUGAAGUUUUCUCUCAAAGCAUUAGUAUCCCUCCUCAUUUACUGUUUAGCCCCUUGAUGAUCUUACAUAGUGUCAAGGGUAUAUUAAAUACAUUAAGACUGAAGUGCAUCACUGCAGGCUUAAUAUGUAAAGGAUUUCAUACUGUGGAGACAUUUUUACAAUGGUCUGAUGUUUCUGAAAAAACAUAGUGAGGAACAAUUAAGUUCAUUCACCAGCUAUGUGAAAUUUAUUUUAGUUUUCUGCUGAAAUGUAAUUCCCCUGAAGGGGGAAGCUUUUAAAUUCUCCCAGCCUUACAAAUAGCAUCACCAAUCCCUUUUUACCUCACUUAAUCAAAGUAAAGUGAGUGUACAGAAAUGUUUCUCUGUGUACAACUUAGCAUCUGUAUAGUUUAUAUUCUUAAGAGUCCUUUUCUAUGGAAAGCUCAGUAAUUUUUAUUAAAAAAAAACCUUACUAUUCAUGUAAAACAUGAAAAAAAAACAAGGAUUGUGCUUAAUGACCAUUGACAGAAGGGGGAAAAUUCAAUGUGAUAGCAUACUGGGGAAAGUUGCAAAAAAAGUCUGGGGUUUUUGUUCCCUUCUGUUCCCUUCUCCAAAAAUUACUUAUUAGCUGUCAAAACUUCUAAUGGUUUGGCUUUUCUCUUCAUCCUGGUAAAUCAAAAGAAAACACAUCUACUUUUAAGUGCCUCUGCAAGCCUGGCCAAGGAGUGUAAAUUCUUUACUGACUGGUCUGCAGCGCAAUGCACAGUUUAGGCCUAGUAAACCUAACUUUUAACUGCUUUUGUAUUAUGUUUAAUGUGUUAAAAAUGCAAACCUAAGACUUCACUUUUUUGUCCCUUUAUUCAAAGGUAUCAGCAUCUUACAUUUUUGCUUGCUGGGGAGAUAAACAAUCUCUUACAUAUCUCCAUUAUUUACAAAGGUUACCAAACUGGGCCUCUGAUGCCCAUUUAAAACAGUUCAUGUCAGUUAAAUUUUCAGCCUGGGGCAUCACCAAACAGAAACCUGUUUCAGACUAUUUUUAAACUGUCUUAUGGCCUGUAUAUCUGUUUAGUCCUGGUUAAAGAUAAAGCUUCAUGAUGCUAUUUUUAUUUCAUGACAUUAGCCAGCUGUAAAACAAGACUUUUAUCUAGCAGGCAAAGAAAUUCAGGAUUCAUUUGCAGAUUUAUUAUAAAGUCAUGUAACUUUUGAAAAUCAGUGUUCCUUGCUGAAAGAGCUCUCAAGUUGCUUGUAAAGCUAAUCUAAUUAAAAAAUUAUAAAAGUU